AUGUCUGAUCACCAUGAAGUAUACUGCCAAGACUUUCAUCAGGGAGGGCAAGCCUGCACCUGUGAAUGCUUCACCCCACCCUCUAAUCCUGAUGCUCCGUACUACUGUCAAGAAUGCCAACAUGGCUUUAGCAAGCAUCCCAAAGCUCUGGAUCCUACAAGAGACACACCUCGAAAGCAAGAUGGAACCACAUCUGGAAAAAAGAGACUCAUCAGCAUAUUCAAGGAAAAGACCAGCGCCACAGGGUCUGCAGCAAGAUCCUUGCAAUCUGCUGCCUCUUCCAAAAGCAUGCUCGAUCAGAAGAUAGGUGUCAAGCAAGCAAGAGAUGAAGUCAUGAAUGGAUAUAGAACUGGUUUAAAUUCACAGAACAAUAAGAAUGAAGUGUUCCCUUUGGCAUUUGGAUAUGUCAAUUUGACAGAAAAGGGGAAAGGAAUUGGCAUACCUUCUUUCCCAUGGGUUUUGAUAAGCAAGGAGAGGCUCCGCUAUGAUGUUGUAAAUAUCGAAAGGCCCGAUGGCAAUGAUCUUGCACAAUUCCGAGGUAGACCCAAGUGCCCUGUGAAAGAUGCAAACAUCAUCAUAGCAUUGUGGAGAAGAAUUCCAGAACAUGUCUAUGCAUCAUGGGAUCCUGAAUAUCGAGAGACGGGGGAUGAUGGAAUGUUUCUCGACUCUGAUGAUGCUUCAAGUUUUGAAGCGGCGAAACCAAUAAUCUUAACACGUGCAGCUGCUGCAAAGCUCAAACUAGGCGCUGUGGUGAAGCAUGAGCUUGAGGAGCCAGUGCCAGAUCUCCGAGCAUCCAGUAUUGUUAAUGCGGCCUCACAGGAGUCACAGCCUACGAAACUUUUUUUAGAGAGUUCUAAUGCAGAUAUCGAUGAACUCCCUGAUUUUCAUUCACCCAUUGUUCAACGCCGUCGUGUUGCUAUGCCACCCGACUUCGUAGAGCCCCAACCGUCUGAUAUCAUAUUGCGUGGUAUCCGCGACCCCGAUAGUCCAUCUGCCCCUCCUCGUAUUAAUCCCUGGUCAGAAGAUUAUUUUAUUGGUGAUGUCAAUAUUGCCGUCUAAUCUCUCGUGUCCUCUUGCCGUCUACUCAGAAUCUUUUCUAGUACCAUAAUGAUUACUAUGGAGCCCUUAAUGCCUAUGCCUUGCUACUUUUUGUUUUCAGACUUAAUACUAAUAGUUACUAGCGCUUAUAGUAGACUUGCUUGUUGAAAAAUUCAAAAUAUUGACAUGACUUCGAAGCUUCAAGGCCCAAC